AAGUACUCAUAAAAAAAUUUACUGUUGCUUGUAGACUUAAAGAACUAGUAUCAUUGUUUUACGAUUUCUUAGCUAUUAUUGGCAGUAGAGAGAUAAAUUUCUAAGCAGUGGUUGAUUUAUAUAUAUAUAUAAUGCCAGUUAACAAUCAUUCUUAACAGGGAGAUAUUAACUACUUGGAGAGAGUUGGAACAGAAACUUAAUAUUUUUAAGCUCAAUAUUUUUCACAUCAUACAGUGAAUAUUGGGAAAAAGAGAUAGCUUUAGAAAAAUAGAAAACAAAUUCUUGUUUAGAUGUAAGUUAACAUGAAUUCUAAGGAAUGACUAAUGACAUCAGCAGAAUUCAUAGCAGCGUUUGUUUAUGAAUUUUAUAGUAUUGUCAAUAUUACAUACAUUCGUACAGUAGAAUCCAAGGAAACCAAGAAUUCUUUCGUUGAGUAAAUUCAGUGUCGUCAAACGGAACGUUAAAAUUAAGAUUUCAUCCAUAUCAUUUUUUUAUAUAGGUUUUAAUGGUAGUUCUUGUAGUUGUGUUUCUUCAUAAAUUUGCAAAUAUGAAAAUUUUGCAGUCCAGUUGCAUAACAUUGUUGUCGAUGCUUUGUAUUUUACCAAUGAUUAUACUGUCUUCUACUGAUGAAACAUACGAAACGGAACGCCGUGAAAUCAUAAACAAGGAAAACGACCAGCGUUUUGGAUCGCAUUUGACUUUGAACCGCGACGAAAGGCAAGUAAAUGAUUAUUUGAUGAAGUUAAAAGACCGAGAGAUGAAACUAUACGAAUCAGGAGUGGAAAUGUACCCCUCAUCCAUGUUAUUUACUGAUGCCAAAAAGCAAAUUGAUCGGAGCAAAAUCUUUCAUUUUCUCCAGAAGAUGCCUAAAGGUGGUCUGCUACACGUCCACGGCUCUGCAAUGGCUAGUGUUGAUUGGCUUAUCUCAUUUGCCACUUACAUGCCGAAUUGUUACAUGUGUUGGGAUCGGGAAAAGUAUAUAGUUUACAAAUUCCUAUUUUGCCCGAAAUUACCACCAAAGAUAAGAGGUUGUGCCUGGGAACGUGUCUGUCACGCUAGAAAGUAUCAUACCGAAGGUGUGAUUGCUUUUGAUGAGAUGUUGGUCAACGCAAUUACAUUUAACAGCAGUAAACUUAGCUCAGUCGAAUCAGAUCAAAAUGAUAUAUGGAAUACCUUUGAACAAUAUUUUAUGCUUACGCGUAAUCUGAUUCGUUAUAAACCUGUAUUCUCAAAGUACAUUCAUCAGGGUUUAAUUGAACUAUUUAAAGACAAUAUCCAACACUUUGAAAUACGCAUGUCUUUGUCAUCGCAAAACAUUCUUCCAGGAGUAUUUUUUACAUCAUCUUCAGAGUUGAAGGUGUCUGUCCAAAGAAUAAAUUUUGAAGAGACUGAAACAGGUUUCUGCCCACUUUCUUGCCUUAAAAAGUAUGAAGUGUCAAUAAUGUUCAUUUUGGCACUCAAUUUUCUGAAUGAUGCCAAACAAACAAAAUGCAACCUGUCUCAUCGCAAGUUCGCGUCGAACUAUGUUGAAGUGUCAAGUAUCUACCGAGUGCGCAUGUCUAAAACGUUGACUGAAAUUUGCUUAAAUCAAUGUUUUCUUUCUAUUUAUAUUGUAUAUUUCACACUUAGAAAUGCACCAAACCCGGUUAUCUUGAAGAGGUUAAACGACGCGAUAGAAGUCAGCCAAAAGUACCCAGAACAUUUUGCUGGUUUUGAUUUAGUGGGUCAAGAAGAUAAAGGGAAAACUCUGCGGAGUUUAAUGAGUAUACUGAAAAACAAAAAAAUCCCAUUCUUCUUUCAUGCCGGAGAAACAAAUGAUCAAGGAACACCUAUUGAUGAAAAUCUUGUGGACGCUAUUCUUCUUGGAACAAAGAGAAUAGGUCAUGGCUAUGCCUUAGUAAAACAUCCAGAAUUUUUAAAAUUAGCACAGGAACGAAAUCUUCCGAUUGAAAUUUGUCCUAUAUCCAACCAGUUAUUAGGUUUGGUGCGUGAUCUGAGGAACCACCCAGCGAGUUAUUUAUUUGCAAAUAAUUUCACGGUGGUCAUCACUAGUGACGACCCAGCUGUCUGGGAGGCAUCUGGAUUGUCUUACGACUUUUAUUUAACUUUUAUGGCGAUGGUUUCCAGGAAAGCGGAUAUUCGAGUCCUAAAGCAACUUGCAAUCAACUCCAUCAAGUAA